AUUCACAUUAUCCUUCUUUUGGAACACAUAACUGUGGUCAUAGUGAAGAUGCAGGCGUCAUCUGCUUAGUACCAGACAUAAGGUUGGUCGGUGGGUCUGAUUCAUGCUGUGGGAGAGUGGAGAUCCAGUAUAAUGGCCAGUUGGGAACCGUUUGUGAUGAUAACUGGGACAUGAAUGAUGCUGCUGUGGUGUGCAGACAGACACAGUGUGGAUCAGCCAUCAGUGCUCCUCAUGGAGCUGCCUUUGGUCAAGGCAAUGGAUCGAUCUGGCUGGAUGAUGUUGGAUGUUCAGGAAGUGAAAGAAACCUCACACAAUGUCCACACAGAGGACUAGGAACACAUAACUGUAAUCAUGGUGAAGAUGCUGGUGUUGUUUGUUCAGGUGAGCUGCAGAUGCCGACUCUUUCCCUGACCUCCACACAUGCAGCUGUUUCUCCUGGAGAAAAUAUCCAGUUUAAUUGCACAACACCUAAACCAAGAUGCAAGGCUAAAGCUGAAUUCCAGCUCUUCAGAAACGGAGCAUCUGUAUCCUCCCAGACACAUGAUUCUAGUGUGACUUUCAACCUUGUUAAUGUACACGUCUCUCAUCAGGGCAGCUACAGCUGUCGUUACUCCUACCAAAACAACAUCAAAUCACCUUUGAGCAACACUUUUAUCAUCACUGUGGUGAACUUGCAGCAGCCCAGUAUUUUCCUCAGUGAUCCUGAUGGAUUGUUUCACGUGGGGCCUCAGGGGCCAGUGAUCAUCAGGGGUCACAGUUUCACUAUCAUCUGUAACACUGACUCUCAGUUUCCUGGAGGAUCUUUUCACCUGUUCAGAGGAUCAAACAUCACCAGGACUGAGUCAGCUGUCAGUCACUCUGCCUCCUUCUUCUUUCCUGAAGCAGAUUAUUCCCACGAGGGAAACUACAGUUGUGUUUAUGAAGUCAGUGUCUCUUCACGCUCCUUCCGUUCAUCUGCCUCUGAACUGCUGCUCAUCACUGUUAUAGUGAACUUGCAGCAGCCCAGUAUUUCCCUCAGUGAUCCUGAUGGAUUGUUUCACGUGGGGCCUCAGGGGCCAGUGAUCACCAGGGGUGACAGUUUCACUAUCAUCUGUAACACUGACUCUCAGUUUCCUGGAGGAUCUUUUCACCUGUUCAGAGGGUCAAACUUCACCAAGACUGAGUCAGCUGUCAGUCACUCUGCCUCCUUCUUCUUUCCUGAAGCAGAUUAUUCCCACGAGGGAAACUACAGUUGUGUUUAUGAAGUCAGUGUCUCAUCACGCUCCUUCCGUUCAUCUGACUCUGAGCUGCUGCUCAUCACUAUCACAGCCUCCCUGCUUCCUGUCAUUGGUGCUGCAGUGUCAGCUGUGCUGCUCUUAUUGGCUGUCCUUAUAAUCAUCCUCCUGCUGAAGAGGAGACAAAAGAAAAAGAACAAGGAAACUCAUUUAAAGUGCUCUUUCACAAAAGGUGCAGGUAAUACAUAUGCAGGUGCCUCCCAUGAUAACAAAAAUGAAGAAGAUGAUGAGGCUGAUUAUGAAAAUGUAGAACUUGGUGAAAACAUGGAUCAUAAUGAAUCUGAAAAGGACUAUAUUAAUGUGGACUCUGAUCAUUCUGAAGAGGACUAUAUUAAUGUGGACUCUGAUCAUUCUGAAGAGGACUAUGUCAAUAUGAAUGUUAUAGAAAAUAAAAGUGUGGUCAAAUCUGAUGAUAACAUUUAUGAAAGCUGUUUUGACUAAUACUACGUUAUUUGAAAGACUGGUCUUGACCUACCUGAAGAACAUCACUGCACCAUUGAUACAUCUUGCAACACCUUGACAGACCUGGGAAUUACGCAAUGAUCUUAUUGGUGCACUUCAGCUCGGCCUUCAAUACCAUCUUGUUUGAUCUUCUCUCGGACAAACUGACCCAGUUCUGCAUGGCCUCCCAAAUCUGUCAGUGGACUACCAGCUUCUUUAAAGACAGGCAACAGCUAGUGAGGCUGGGAAAACUCACAUCUAGGACCCUGACUAUCAGCACUGGUGCCCCUCAGGGAUGUGUUCUCUCCCCACUGCUCUUGUCCCUGUACACAAAUGACUGCACUUUAAAGGACCCCUCUGUAAAGCUCCUGAUGUUUGCAGAUGUCACUACAGUCGUUGGCCCCAUCCAGGACUGUGAUGAGUCUGCAUAUGUUUGAGCAACUGGCUGUGUGGUGGAAUCACAACAGCCUAGAGCCAAAACAGUGAAGAUGAUAGUGGACUUUAGGAGAAAUCCCCAUGGAAUUCCCCCACUGACCAUCAUAAACAGCAUUGUAACAACAGUGGAGUAAUUCAGGUUCCUGGGCACUACCAUCACUCAGCACCUGAAGUGAGACAAUCACAUCAUCUCUUUUGCAAAAGAAAAAAAAAUCAUAGCAGAGGUUGUAUUUCCUUCACCAGCUGAGGAAGUUCAACCUGCCACCCAGUUCUGCUCGGCCAUCAUUGAGUCUGUCCUGUGUUUAUCUAUAACUGUCUGGUUUGGUUCAGCUACCAAAUCAGACAUCAAGAGACUACAAUGGAAAGUCAGGACGGCUGAGAGGAUUACUGGUGCCCCCUGCUUAACCUUGAAAAAUGU